AUGGUGAACUUUACAGUAGAUCAAGUUCGUGAGAUCAUGAACAAAACCAAACAAAUUAGGAACAUGUCUGUUAUAGCACAUGUCGAUCACGGGAAAUCAACAUUAACAGAUUCUCUAGUUUCUAAGGCUGGUAUUAUAUCUAGUAAGAAUGCUGGAGAUGCUCGUUUUACUGAUACUAGGCAAGAUGAACAAGAAAGAUGUAUUACCAUUAAAUCGACUGGUAUAUCUAUGUAUUUUGAACAUGAUUUAGAAGAUGGAGAAGGAAAGAAACCCUUUUUAAUUAACCUUAUUGAUUCUCCAGGGCACGUCGAUUUUUCAUCAGAAGUUACUGCAGCAUUAAGAGUUACAGAUGGUGCUUUAGUUGUUGUUGAUACUAUUGAAGGUGUAUGUGUACAAACUGAAACUGUUUUAUAUCAAGCCUUAGGAGAAAGAAUUAAGCCUGUAUUACACGUUAAUAAAGUUGACAGAGCUUUAUUAGAAUUACAAAUGGAAGUUGAAGAUAUUUAUCAAACAUUCGCUAGAACUAUUGAAAGUGUUAAUGUCAUUAUCUCUACCUAUACUGACAAAUUAAUGGGUGAUAUUCAAGUAUAUCCAGAAAAAGGUACUGUAUCUUUUGGUUCUGGUUUACAAGGAUGGGCAUUUACCUUAGAAACCUUUUCAAGAAUCUAUUCCAAAAAGUUUGGUAUCGAGAAAAAGAAAAUGAUGCAACGUUUAUGGGGUAACAGUUUUUAUGAUGCCAAAACUAAAAAAUGGUCUAAGAAUCAACAAGAAGGAUAUAAAAGAGGUUUCUGUCAAUUUAUUAUGGAACCAAUUUUAAACUUGUGUCAAUCUAUCAUGAACGAUGAUAAAGAAAAAUAUUCAAAAAUGUUAACAAAUAUUGGUGUUGAAUUAAAAGGAGAUGACAAAUUAUUGACCGGAAAACAACUUUUAAAAAAAGCUAUGCAAUUGUGGUUACCAGCAGGUGAUACAUUAUUAGAAAUGAUUGUUACACACUUACCUUCUCCAGCUGAUGCACAAAAAUACCGUGUUGAAAACUUAUAUGAAGGUCCAAUGGAUGAUGAAGCAGCUAAUGCCAUCCGUAAUUGUGAUCCUAAUGGUCCAUUAAUGAUGUAUAUAUCAAAGAUGGUUCCUACAUCAGAUAAGGGUAGAUUUUAUGCUUUUGGUCGUGUCUUUUCAGGUACUGUUGCAACAGGACAAAAAGUUAGAAUCCAAGGACCACACUAUGUUCCAGGUGAAAAAACAGAUUUGUAUGAAAAGAAUAUUCAGAGAACUGUUUUAAUGAUGGGUAGAUAUACUGAACAAGUACAAGAUGUUCCAUGUGGUAACACAUGUUGUUUAGUUGGUGUAGAUCAAUAUAUAGUAAAAUCAGGUACUAUUACUACAUUUAAAGAAGCUCACAAUAUUGCUGAUAUGAAAUACAGUGUCUCCCCUGUCGUGCGUGUUGCUGUCAAACCAAAAGAUAGUAAACAAUUACCAAAAUUGGUUGAUGGUCUUAAGAAAUUAGCAAAAUCUGAUCCAUUAGUUUUAUGUACUACCGAUGAAAGUGGAGAACACAUUAUAUCUGGUUGUGGUGAAUUACAUAUUGAAAUAUGUUUGAAAGAUUUAAAAGACGAAUAUGCACAAAUCGAUUUUAUUGUAUCUGAUCCAGUUGUCUCAUACAGAGAAACAGUAACAGAAGAAUCUACCAUAACUUGUUUAGGAAAAUCUCCAAACAAACACAACCGUUUAUUCAUGAAAGCUUAUCCAUUAGCUGAAGGUUUACCAGAAGCUAUAGAUAAAAAUAAAGUAUCAGAUAAAGAUGAUCCAAAAACCAGAGCAAACUACUUACAUAGCAACUUUCAAUGGGAUAAGAACUUAGCUCUUAAAAUAUGGGCAUUCGGUCCAGAAACUAUUGGUCCUAACUUGUUAACAGAUAACACAAGUGGUAUUCAAUAUAUGAACGAAAUUAAAGUACAUUGUGUUGCAGCUUUCCAAUGGGCAUCCAAAGAAGGUGUUUUAUGUGAAGAAAAUAUGAGAGGUAUUGAAUUCAGAAUGUUAGAUGUUCAUAUGCACGCUGAUGCUAUCCACAGAGGUGCUGGACAAAUUAUGCCUGCAUGUAAAAAAUGUAUAUAUGCAUGUGAAUUAACAGCUUUCCCAAGAUUAGUUGAACCAAUCUAUCUUGUCGAUAUUAGUUGCCCACAAGAUGUUGUUAGUGGUGUUUAUGGUGUUUUGAACAAAAGAAGAGGUAUUGUUAUAUCAGAAGAACAAAAAUUAGGUACUCCAUUAUUAAAAAUUCAAUCUCACUUACCUGUCUCAGAAUCAUUUGGUUUCACCUCAGCUUUACGUGCUGCUACAUCUGGUCAAGCUUUCCCACAAUGUGUCUUUGAUCACUGGUCUGUAUUAUAUGACGAUCCAUUUGAUUCAAACAAAAACUCAUACAAAAUUAUUAUGAACAUUAGAGAAAGAAAAGGUAUUAAAGUUGAAAUGCCACAAUUAGAUCAAUAUUUAGAUAAACUUUAA